UACACAGAGCAUAGAGCACUGCUGACCUCGAGCCGAGUCAUGGCCUCGCUGUGUUUCCAGAGACUCAGGUCUCCUCUGAUUAAACCCCUCAUUCUCCAGCAGUCCUACAGCAGUCUGCUCCUGCAGGGCAGCGCGGGCUACUCACGGGCAGAGCUCUGUAACAGGGGAGUCUGCAGACUGUUCAGAAUUGAGUUUACAUGCAGAACUCCACAGUUAGCCAGUGUCAGAACACUGUCUACACUACCUCCACCCCCCUCAUCUGACCAAAAGAAAUCUACAGACAAGAAGACUGGGCCAGUGACGUGGAAAUCUCUCGCCAUCACAUUUGCCAUAGGAGGGACUUUUCUUUUGGGGAUGAAGUACUUUAAAAAAGAGAAAGAGGAAAUGAUUGAGAGAGAGAGGACAAGGUCUGUGGGGAAGGCAGCUCUUGGAGGUCCAUUCUCGCUUGUCGAUCACAACAACAAGCCUACAAAAAGCGACGAUUUCCUCGGCCAGUGGGUGCUGAUCUAUUUUGGAUUCACACAUUGUCCAGACAUCUGUCCUGAUGAGCUGGAGAAAAUGGCUGAAGUCGUGAAAGAAAUUGAUAGUAUUAGGACACUCCCAGAUUUAACGCCCCUUUUGAUCACAAUCGAUCCAGACCGAGAUACGCCAGAGGCUUUAGCCAAAUAUGUCAAAGAGUUCUCUCCAAAGCUAAUAGGUUUGACUGGAACAGCAGCACAAAUCCAGGAGGCCUCCAGAGCCUACAGAGUUUACUUUAGCCAGGGUCCAAAAGAUGAAGACAAUGACUACAUUGUUGACCAUACCAUCAUUAUGUACUUGGUGGGUCCUGAUGGCCAGUUUGUGGACUAUUACGGCCAAAACAAGAAAGCAACAGAAAUCUCUGCCUCCAUUGCAUCACACAUGAGGAAGCAAAAACAGAAGAAGUAGCAUUCUCUGUCAUUGGAGCUCAAUAAAGGAUGAGGUGUGCUGAGAACACACUUCUCCUAUACAUAUCUCUUACCUUAUUUCUUAAAAUCAUCUGAAAUUAAAAAAAAAAAUUCCACUUGUAAGUGAAAUGGACUACUGAUGGCACUUAUAGCCUUAAUUUUAUGUAUCUAAGAUUAUUCUUUUCUCUGGCUCAUAGAGAUGCCUGGCUGGUUAUGACCAACCAAGCAGUGAAGAUUUGUUUUGUUGUACAGUUCUAUAAAAGAUCUUCAAUAAAACCAUCUACAAUGUUUACUGCUACA